ACACUUUCAGAUACAGUCACCAGACAAGCCCAUGCAGUCACCAACACGGCCCUUGCAAACGCAUGCCCUGGUCAACCACUUCACUCAACAGACUGUCCAGCAGCAGACGCCUGCUGCGUCAGUGGCCCGGCCACGCUUGUCACCUGUGCUUCCAGAGCCAGUCAAGACGCUGGUCUUCUUUGACCUCGAAACAACAGGCCUGCCCUCCAAGGACCUGCCAGUAAACAUAACCGAAAUUGCCAUGGUGGCUGUGGACAGGGCCCACUUUGAGACGCGAGAUAAGGCUGAAUUUCGGGUGACCAACAAGCUGACACUGUGCCUAAAGCCUAAGACUGCCAUGCACCCGAUUGCUGCCACGAAAUCUGGUCUGGACGCCAUUCUCCUGAAGGACCAGGGCCUGUUUCGUAAGGCUCAGCCUGCGAUUCGUGCCUUUCUUUCUGUCCUGGCUCCACCAAUCUGCCUUCUGGCCCACAAUGGCGACCCUGCUGACUUUCCCAUAUUCAUAGAAGAGCUGGUGUUUGCCACGGGCAGUGGCGAUGUGGACAACAUUUUGGGUGUACCAGGACUGGCAUGCUGCGACACACUGAAAGCUGUGCGCCACCUCUGGCCUGUGCUGCCUCCGGCACCCAAGAAGGGACGUCGAUCAGUGGCUCCUAGCAAGCAGAACUCCUAUGCACUGGAUCAUCUCUACAAGCGCUUCUGUGGACGCCGUACCAAUGCACAUCAUGCUGAGCAGGGCUGCAUUGACCUCAUGAAGGUGUGCCACGUAGAGAAAGCAGCUUUCAUUGCCUACAUUGAUGCCAAUGCGGUACACCUAUCUGAUGCCCGUUACACCUGGUGA